GUGCAGGAAAGACAGCGAUAACGAUGGCAUCACCAACGGCGAUGAACUCGGGGAUUGGGACUGCUCCUGGAAACAGGGGGAUCCCGACCCGCCCUGCACGGAACUAGGCGGCGACGGGACACCGUCCCAUCCUGGUGACGCGAGUAAAGCUUUCGUGUGUGGGCAACUUCUCCCGAUAACGGACGGCGGGCCCAAGACGUUUGCGGAAGCGAAGGAGAAAUUUUUGGCACUCCAGAUGAGUCUGAAAAAUCUGACAAUAAACGAGACCCUCGCGAACAACUUAACGAUAAUGACCAACGCCCUCGGAGGGCUGCCUGGUUUUGGCCGAAAAUUGGAGGACUCUCUAGCGGAGGAAGAAGCGUUAGAAGAGCUCGUUCAGGGGUAUGAAGACCUGCUCAAAGGUUACAAUCUCAAGCGUUGCAAUAGAAUCUAGAAAUCUGUGAUGCAAGAAGUGCAUGAUCUAGCGGCCAAGUUUCAUAGGACUGCGCAUGACAAGUUCCGGAAUCCCAAACCGCACGACAAUCUGCCAAAAUUCGUAUUGCAGAAAGUGCUGCGGGUUGCGAGUCUGUCAUGCUCAUUAUGCAAGACAAAUCCCAGCUUCUAUGUAUUGUAACGUUAGAGGUCGUAACGUUUGAGCAGGUCAUAAGGGGCACGAAAGGGUCCGUUUAGUGCACGCGGUGUUGAUGUCGGUUGCUUGGGUGUUGAUCGCGCCAACCAUGGUGAUUCUCGCCUUACUCCGGCGGAUGGGUAUUAACAAGAACGGACAAUUAUCAAAUGCAAAAAUGUGUGGGUCUGGAAGAUUGUCAUGCUAGUCUGGCAUGGCUCUGCACUCUGUAUUGCGCGGCCACCAAGAGGUCCUCUUGCCUGUCAUGCAAAAGCGCAGUUUCUCAUGCGAGAUACGCAUCACAGAAGCACGAAAAAACUUGUCAUGCUUGGCGGCGCAUUACAGAGCACUUAUUGUUCACGGACUUGCAUCACAAGUUUCCAGACCCAGACAUUUUUGCAUUUGAUAACAAUCGGCGACUUUGGAAGCGCCGAACACCACCUACAUGCUGGCGCACAAGAUUAUGGAAGCGUCAGGUUUGAAAUCGUCAAAGUUGAAAUAAUUUGUAAUGCAUAAAAUGCAUGACCCGAGGCACGUGUGUUGCAGAGCAGGCAAGUGAGGCCAAUUGUAAGCCUGUUGGGGGCUACAGCUCGAGCUGCUAAAGUAGCAUGAGAAAAUCACUCUUCUUUGCCUAAACAGCAUGACAAACUGGAUUUAGGGACCACCAAAAUUUGUCAUGCACCACUUAGAAACUGGGUUCCAACUGGCGUCCCUUUUAUGCAUGACAAAUUAUUUCAACUUUGUCGAUUUCAACUCUGACACAUCCAUAAAGAUUGGACAAAGCGCGCUGAUCGUUUUCACGCUGAUCGGGAUGUUCCUCGUCUUGUCGAAAAACGAGUGGAAGAUCUCUAGCGAAUCGUCUUCGAUAAAACAGCUCCACGGCUGGACCGGGGUUUUGAUCGUAACAACCGCUUUGGCGCAGCUGCUUAUGUGGAUUUUUCGAACCAAGCCUGAACAACCCGGACAGAAUGUGUGGCUGAACUUCCAUCGGUACGUGGGUUUGUCCGUUUUGGUAGUCGGAAUGGUAAACUGCGUGAUUGUAUGAAAUGCAAAAAUGUCUGGGUCUGGAAGAAUGCAAGACUUGUCAUGCAUAUUUCUCAUGACCGUAAUGCAUAUUUCUGAUGCCUGUAAUGCUUGAACUAGCAUCGCAGAUUUUUAGAGGGCUCCCUGAUGCACCUUCCGCAUGAGAAAUGGCCUGUCUGUGUAGCAAAAAGUGGCAAAAAGCGUACCCAUUUUGCUGGUCAUGCAAUACAAUUUUUUUUAGAGUCCAAAAACAGCAUGACAAGUUGCAAUCUUCCAGACCCAGACAUUUUUACAUUUGAUAGAUUGGUGGCGGUAUUUACGAACAGAACUACGAAGGGUCGGUAUCGUAUUUAAAAACGUCACAAUCGUAUUUAAAAAAUUAUGGAAGCGUCAGGUUUGAAAUCGUCAAAGUUGAAAUAAUUUGUAAUGCAUAAAAUGCAUGACCCGAGGCACGUGUGUUGCAGAGCAGGCAAGUGAGGCCAAUUGUAAGCCUGUUGGGGGCUACAGCUCGAGCUGCUAAAGUAGCAUGAGAAAAUCACUCUUCUUUGCCUAAACAGCAUGACAAACUGGAUUUAGGGACCACCAAAAUUUGUCAUGCACCACUUAGAAACUGGGUUCCAACUGGCGUCCCUUUUAUGCAUGACAAAUUAUUUCAACUUUGUCGAUUUCAACUCUGACACAUCCAUAAAGAUUGGACAAAGCGCGCUGAUCGUUUUCACGCUGAUCGGGAUGUUCCUCGUCUUGUCGAAAAACGAGUGGAAGAUCUCUAGCGAAUCGUCUUCGAUAAAACAGCUCCACGGCUGGACCGGGGUUUUGAUCGUAACAACCGCUUUGGCGCAGCUGCUUAUGUGGAUUUUUCGAACCAAGCCUGAGCCCGGACACAAUGUCUGGCUGAACUUCCACCGAUACGUGGGUUUGUCUGUUUUGAUAGUCGGAAUGGUAAACUGCGUGAUUGGUGGCGGUAUUUACGAAGAGAACUAUGAAGGGUUGGUCAUUUUUUGGUACGCGGCGGUCAUUCUCGGCGGAAUCUCUGCCAUUGCGGUGAUUGUGCUGCUUGUAACCGUUCUAUUAGGGAGCAACAAAAAUGCAAAGCCGGUUGAGGGUACUACUUCCGACGGGGGCAGUGCUGGCGGAAAUGCUAAGACCGUGACGAAGUCAGCUGUUGUUGUGGAUGUGAAAGCCUCAAAGACUGCGAUAAGAACGGAUGUUGGCACUCCUGGAGUAACUGAGGAGAAACAGAGAAAAAGCAAAGGAAUACACAUAGACGGCGGGGGGAAAGGGGAACGAGAAAUAACCGGAUCGGAUGAUGAGACGCAGAAGCCGCUGCCGUUGAACGAGGAAGAGAAAGGUUAGCCGCAAUGCACGAUUCUAUUGAUAUAGAAAUACGCUCUAAUUCAUCUUCAUCGUCAGCCAGCAAGGUAGACGAUUGCAGCUCUGUCUAGUACUCAAUAAUGUGUGUAUACUUCUAUUGUGACGUUCCUGUUCCAAUUCGAUCAACUGAGCCGGAAGAGAUCAAAC